CAAUCAAGAAAGUUAAUACGAAAUUAUCCCAACCCUAGUCUAUCUUUCUCCCUCAAUCUCGUCCCUCUCUAUCUCUCUUCAAAGGCUUCGGCUAUUCUUCCUCAACCCCUAAAUUCUUCUUCUAAUUCCCAUUCUAUUCUAAAUCCCUAAAUCUCAAUCAAUUCCCAAGUUCUCAAUCCAAUCGAUAGAACCCUAGAAAUAGGUUUCUAUCAUCUGGUAUCAGAGCCAUGGUCACAAAUCUGAGUUCGUCAGAACUCUCAACCAGGGAAGAACGCAUGUAUGAAGAUCUCGAACCAAGCACCACUAGGACGGAGUAUCAUCGGUACGUUUGCUUCUCCUUCUUCUUGCCUGAGUUCGAGAGAGACCACAUAGAGGUGCAGAAAUCGACAUCUGGAGAGCUAUUCAUCACGAUGGAGCGUCCAUUGGGUUACGACCAUAGAUGGAUCCGUUUUAGAAGGCACACCGAACUCGAAGGAAUCUACAAUGUCGCCCAAUGCAGCGCUGGCUUCGGAAUAGGUAACCUCCGCGUUCGGGUUCCUAAAACAAUCUCACCUGUAGAAGAAGAAGAUCAUGCCACCAUUAAAAGCACCAUCACCACCGUCGCAGCACCGGAGUCGCGAGAGCCAAAGCUGGUUGUGGCUUCUAUCCUCGGAGAAGAAGUUGUUGCCGCAGCCACCAUACCUCCGCCAUCCGAAGUCAAAGAAGAAAAACGAGAUUGCAUCGCCCCUGCCGUUGUCUCUAAUAAGGAGACGGCGGAGCAAUGCGGUGAGAUUGCAAAGAUUGCGCCGCUAGAGGAGAACGAGCGGGCGCGUUCACUGGUGAACAGGGUUGUUGAAUCGGGUCGAAAAUUGGAGGAGACUUUCAGAGAACUUGAGUCUCUAACCAGUGAUUCAAUAGAGAAGAAUGGCAAGGUUAAUUGGAAAUCCAUGAAGAAGAAGCCAGGGCCCAAAAAUGGCUCUUGUUUUGGGAACCCCAAGGAUCGUGAGAAGACAUCUUGUGUGGAGGACGACAAAAGCCAGACGACGGCGUUGACGAUUGCUGAUGGUGACGCCACAAUGAAUAGAGUGUCGCCUUCGCCGGCCGCCUUUACAACCGAGAUCCAGACAACCCAAACUCUAGUGCCCAUCAACCCAGAGAUUCAUUCGAUGAGGGUGAAACUCAGCAUCGGGAUUGAUCGACGACGCGAGGCAAAGGCGGCAUUGGUUUUCCAUCUUGACCAUCCGAACCGACGAUCAAGGACUGCCUCAGGUGAUGCAAUCACCGUCGGAAGAAAGAACUCGGCGACAUGGGAGCCGCCAGCCAUACGCCUGGAGGAUUUCUCGCUGCCGUCGACGGGAAAGGAAAAGGGAUCUCGAGCGGCGGCUCCUGCCGUGCGAGGGGCUACGAACCCAGAAGCGAGCGAGCCAUCGCCACCACGGAAGGAGUUGCUGGAGAAGAGAGACGGAGGCAGUGAGCCUCUACGCGCGUCGCGGGCGAAAAAGUCGGAGCUAUGGACAGACGAGGAGGAGCCGAAGGCGGGGCAAGAACUCGACCGAACUCAUAGUCGCUCGGUGGUCCGCUCGUCACCGGAAAUGGAGGUGACAACGGCUGGCGAUGAUGGGGAAGGGGAAGACGAAAGAGGAGGUUGGCGGUUGGGUUCCUCUUCUCACGAACCCUAGGUCUACCUCCUUGGUGCAUUGAAGCGCUUCCGAGAAGCCGACAUCACAGACCGGGAGAGUCAGUCGGGAUCGAUUUGUCUGGGCUGCACAAGCCGAGCAGGCCGAAUGUUGGCCAGAAGAGUGGGCUUGUUGUGGGCCGGAAAGGUCAGGAGGGCAGGCCAAGAUUUGGGAUCAGUUGGGGCGAUCAGAUCAGCAAGGUGGGCCGAAACUAGAAUCUCAACGGGUUGAACAUGUAUUAAGUAACAGGUCGAGUCAAGAAAGGCUUAGCGGGCCUCAAGGAGAUGAUGGGUCUCGUCAUGAAAGGUUUGGGAUUCAAAUGAGUUAUUUAGUUGAAUCCCCAUUAUAUGGUGUGGGCUUAGAAGAAGAGAAAGAUGAAUAUGUGGGCUUGGUAAAUGAGUUCUCAAGGAAGCAUGUACCAUCAGCAAUUGAAGAAGUAACAAAUCAAGGUCAUGGGC